GCCAGUGACACAGCGUUGGGGCUCAGCCUGAGAAUGCCCAAGAGUAAACCCUUCACAGUCUGCAAUGAGUGUGGCCAAUGGGUGUACAACUGGCGGCUGGACAAGCAAGGUGGGCAGUGUAAGUGCGGCGCGUGGCUGGAACCGUUCCAGGGCAAGCCGCCCUGGCGCAGCAACCACUACGGGCAGCAGCACGCGGGAAGCUCAGCGGCGGCGUGGUGGGGGCCAAAGCCAGGAGAAAGCGAUGGCAAGGCGGCGGCGCUGGAUUUCCUCGCAGGGGGGAACAAGCAGCUGGCCAAGGAGAUCGAGGAGCUCCAGCGCAAGCAUGCGCCGCCGCCGCCUCAGCCGAGGCCACCUGAUGCAUGGCAGGCGCUCACGAAGGCCAAGGGACAGCAUCAGAAGGCGCAGAAGUGGCUGCUGGAGUGCGAGGACGAGCUCGAGCGCUUGUCCAUCCUCCACGAUGAGGCGCUCCUCCGCCGCGACCAGGCCUUGGAGGACGCCUUCGAUGCGGAUCAGGCCCGCGCGAAGGCCUCGGCGGCCUACUACAAGCAGGUGGGCAAGGGAGAGCUUGUCAAGGCUGAGGGGGAGGAGCCUGCGCAGGCUGAAGUGCAGACGAUCCUGGACUUCUCAGUGGAUGACCGGCUCCUGGACGCCGACCUGGACGACUACGAGGACGGCCCAGAGAAGGAGGCGGUGUUGGCCUUCCGCACCAAGUUGGCGGACAUCCAGCAGGCGGGGAAGACGUCCUUGCAGAAGAUCGAGGAGGCAGAGGCGGCGCUCGCUCGGCAGCAGGCAGAGGUUCGCCGGAAGCACGCGGAGGAGGCGAAGCAGCUGCGCGACCAGGCGGAGCAGCACCAGCAGCUCCUGGUGCAGCAGGUCGAGCAGCUCCCCAGCCUGCGCAAGCAGCUCCGGAAGAAGCGCAGGACGGAGGACGGCCAGGCCUCAGGCGAAGCCACCAAGAAGGAGCCUGGUGAGCAGCCAGCGGCGGAGCCAGGAGCAGCGGCUGCGGAACCAGCGGCUGCCCCAGACGCCGAGGCAGCCCAGAGGAGGAAGCAGGUGCUGCUGGACUACCAGGCGAAGGUCAAGGCGCAGGCAAGAGUGGAGCAGCUGCCAGCCAGGAUAGACCGUCGCACCUUUGACGAUCUACGUCCUGACGCGAGGCCAGCGUCACGCACGGCUGGCGAUCGCCAGCUCUUCUUUGCGAAUGUGGAGAAGUGGGGCCCACAAGCCCACAAGUACGUGAACGAGUAUCAGGAGCGACACCCACAGGUAAGUGUGAUGGGCAUCUGCGAGACCCACCUCUUGCCCGACAAGCAGAAGAAGGUCACGGUCGACCUCGAUCGGGACUGCUGGAAGACCACGGCCACGGCAGCGCGGCCGUCUGGGCUGAGUGAGACGGGGUGCUGUGGUGGAGAGAUGAUAAUAGCGAGGCGGCAUCUGGAGACGACCUCGUUUGAUCAUGUGCGAGUGGCAACACAGCAGCGAGGCAGAGACGAUCCCUUCCGCGGGUUCGUGGCGACCACCAUCCACGCGACGGCGGGCAAUGUGGUCUACGUGACGGCGUACAUGGCGCCCCAGUGGGGGAAGGGGUCCCCGAACCCCCAGAAGCUGGUGAGCCUGGCGGCCUUCCUGAAGGCCGUGGACGACCCGUGGAUCGUGGCGGCGGACUGGAACCUGGACCCAGAGCAGCUGCUGAAGAGCGAGUUCCCGCAGAAGGUCACGUGCGCCAAAGGGGAGCAGGGGUCUCUGCUGGACUACUGCUUGGUGCGCAAGGACUUUGCGGACCAGGUGAUGGUAGAGGCGGAGCUGGAGGUGCCUUGGAAGGUGCACUGCGCGCUGCUCAUCACACUCAAAGGCUCCUACCAGGAAUGGUGGGUGAGGGCGCUCGUGGUGCCCAGGGCGCUGCCGCGGACGCAGAGGCCGAGGAAGAGCGCGGACCCCAACAGCAAGACGAGCAAGAUGAAGCAGAAGAAGCUGCAGGAGAGGAAGUCGAGACUCCCCCCGGAGGAGCAGGAGGCCUUAAUGAAGCUGUACGAGGACGAUGAGGUCUGCCAGGAGCCCAAGGCGCCCUUCCAGGUGCCACUGGAGUGCUGGAGGCAGGCGGAGGAGCAGCUGGUGCAGACAGGAUUUCCAGGUCACCCGCAAGCCCAACCAGCCCAUCCAGUCCACCCGGUAAGCGACGGCCAGAACAGACGAGACGGCAACGUGCUCCGGCAGAGCGUUGCCGGAGCACGUUGGGCAACGUGCUCCGGCAGGGCGUUUCCGGAGCACGCUGGGCGAGGGCCCGUUGUGGGCACGUACACGGGCCUGGUGCAGCAGCUGGACGACCACGUCGCCUACCAGGGCCGCGAGGAGCAGGAGAAGGACCUCUCGCAUAGGUACGGCAACUGGGUGAGCAAGCUGGAGCUUGCACUGCUGGCCGUCCACGAAGUGGAGGAGUCGGAGAAGGCGCGCUACCUGGGGCGCGGGAGGGGCUUCGACCUGAAGUGGGUGAAAGCGAAGGUCACGCCAGGCAGGGCACACAUGAAGUGCCAUAAGUCUGACGCCAUGUGCUAUGUGCUCACGCUGAUGCAGAGGUACCAGACGCUCGCGCGUGGCAGGCGCGAUGAGGCUCAGCGAGGCCGGGUGAGCUGCAAGCUCAAGAGGAUCGCCAAGGAGACGCUGGACCAGGGCAUGGCCGACUUUUUCGGCAGCGCGCGCUUCAUGGUCUGGCAGAAGAUGAUGGUCAAG